AUGAGUGAAAGUGAUGAUGUAAGAGAAAUUGAUUUAAUAGUUAUUGAUGAUGACUGUUAUGAUAAUCUUGAGAUUGAAAAAAGAAAAUAUAGUGUAGAAGAGGAAAAGAUAGAAAAAUCAAAUCAAUUAUUGGUAAACUCUCCUAAUAACUCACAUUGGUUUGGUUUAAAAAAAGUCAGUUUUGCAGAAACAAAAGAAAAGGAAGAGUUACAAAAAGAAACAUGUAAUGGUAGUGAUGCUGGGUGCAUGUCAAAUAAUGUUAUAUGUUGUAAAACACAAAAAAUUGAUUUAGAUAAGUCAUCAUCAGAAAGCACUACAUUGAAUUCAAAAGACCUUCUUUUCAUUGAAGAUACAAAGAAAUCUAUACCAAAAACAACAACACCACCAAAACUACAAUCUCUAAUGGAUAAUUUUAUUAAACCAAAGAACUCAUUUGAGCCUCAAAGAAGUAAAACACCAGAACUAAAGAAGACUAAAACAAUUAGUGAUAUGUUUGAAGAGAUGGAACGUGCCAGUAGUCAAAUACUUAUUCGAACAGACACCCUUCCAAUAAAAUCUCGUUCUUCUAUAUCUAGAAGAACAACAUCUUCAGAUUUUUUUAGUUCAAUGUUUAAAAAGAGUAACACAUUGGAAUCACAAGAAGGUGAUCCAGUUGUUACAAAGAGAACAUCAUCUUUAAUAGAUUUAUAUGAAAAUGACCCAACAAUAAUUGAAAAUAUAAAUGAAGAAAAUCCAUAUUAUAAAAAAGUAUUUAGUGAAAAUGAUAAGAAACAACUAAUUGAAAGAGAGAAAGAACUUACAAAACAAUUAAAAGAAAUUGAAAUAUCAGACGAAACAUUUGAACAAAUACGAAAAAUUGCAUUUGAACGAGAAGAGGUAAGAGCACAAUUACAAGUUAUAAUAUCAAGAGAAACAAUUCAAAAAGGAAGAAGAACAAAUAGAUUAAAAGAAAAUGAUAGAGUUGGAAGAAUUCUUUUGUGGAAGAACCAUGAAGCAAAAAAAGGAUUUGAACCAUUUAAAAGAGAAGAGAAAAUACCAGAUGUAGUUCAAUCAACUAACAUUAAAUCAUAUCCUAUAUGGACAAAUUGGUGGGGAGAAAAUUUUCAUUGGAGAGAAAGAGUAGAUGAAGUAUUACAUAAAAUAUUUCAUCAUGAAACACUUCGACUACUUCAAUACCCAGUCAUUAACGCAAUAUUAGCUGGUCAUAAUGCUCUUGUAUUAAUGCCUACAGGAGGAGGGAAAUCAUUAUGUUAUCAAUUACCAUCAUUAUUUAAAGAUGGAUACACAUUAUAUAGUCCAGAAAAUAUAGAUAUUUUCAUUAAUGAUAUAGAAACUCAUAAAACAAAAAUUAAAAUUGUUUAUGUUGCACCAGAAUUUCUUUCUAGUAGUUUAAAGAUGAAUGAAGUAAUGAAAAAACUAUAUGACCAAGGAUUAUUUUCAUAUCUUGUUAUUGAUGAAGCUCAUUGUAUUAGUCAGUGGGGACAUGAUUUUAGACAAUCAUACGUUGAAUUAAGAGAAUUCAGAAAAAAAUUUCCAUCAGUGCAAACAAUUAUGUUUACUGCUACAGCAACAGAAAGAGUUAAAAAUGAUAUUUUAUUAUCUUUAGGACUUGAAGAAGCUAUUGUAUUUAAUCAAACAUUUAAUAGACCAAAUUUAAGAUAUGAAAUGAGAUUUAAAUUACCAAGUGUUGAAUUUGAUAUUGCGUGUUAUAUUCAACAACAUCCAAAUCAAUGUGGAAUUGUGUUUUGUCUUUCUAAAAAAGACUGUGAAAAUUUAAGUAAAUUUCUUGUUAAUUAUGGAAUAAGAGCUACUUAUUAUCAUGCUGGACUAGAUCCUAAACGAAGAAAGCAAGUUCAAAAUGAUUGGAUGAAUGGAAUAUUUUUAGUAGUUUGUGCUACUGUUGCAUUUGGAAUGGGAAUUGAUAAGCCAGAUGUUCGAUUUGUUAUUCAUCAGACUAUGCCAUCCAGUAUUGAACAAUAUUUUCAAGAGGCAGGAAGAGCAGGUAGAGAUGGAAAACCAAGUGAUUGUAUUAUUUAUUUUAAUACAAAUGAUAUUGCUAGAGUAAAAUGGGUAAAAAGAAAUAUGGGUGAAAAUGAAUUAACACCAUCUCAAGAACAAUCUAUUAAUGCAAUGGUUAGUUUAUGUGAAACUGAUGAAUGUAGAAGAAAAAUUCAGUUAAUGUAUUUUGAUGAAAGUUUUAAUGAAGAGAAGUGUACAGGAUGUGAUAAUUGUGAAAGAAAUAAAGAAAUACACCAAAAAGUGAUUAAGAAAAAAAAAUUAAUUAUUGUUGAUGAUUAA